ACGCGUGCGCUGAUGGCCGUAGACCACCGCCACCCAGACACACACACAUCAGAUAGCUGGAAUACACUAGUCUCUAGACUAGGCUUUCGUAUGGUUAUAACCGAGGCGAAUCUUAACCGAUUUUAGUGUGAAAGUUGUCGUUCGUCUCGGUCGGUACCCCUUUUGGCGCAAAGGCUAUCGACGCUUAAAAUAAAUAAAAAUUUUUUUUUUGUGAUUUUCAAAAGUGGCCAUUUAAGUCUAAAGUGGGUCCUUUCAAAGGAAAUCCGCACAGAUUAACGACGUUUAAUUCCGGCCAGUGAAACCGUUCGUCUCUGACGAUUAACAAACGGCGAACGCGACAAGUUUCAAAUUGUUCCGCAUAGUUUUUGAUUUCUGUUUGGACGCACCGAAUUUCCGCGCUCAAACGUUUAUUAUUCGGCUGCAAGAAAGAAAAAAGAAAAAGAGACAUCAUCAUCGUUUGUCCCUUUCCCGCCUCGUUCCGCAUCUGCCGAGAUCGCGUGAGCCGCUUAGAAACCCUUCGGGCUCCAUCGCCUAACAGUCGACAAAAGAUUUAAAAAACUCGAAAAUAAAAAAAUUGACAGAAGUGAUAACAACAAAAAAACUAUUCAGUUUUUUCUCUUACGCCAAGGAGGGAAAAUCAAAUAAAAAAUAAACUCCGCUUCGAAAAGCUCCAAACUUUUGAACGUGCGUGUGUCACCCCGGGUUAUUAUUCCUGUCUACGCUCGAUUGGAAUAUGCGUCAGUGGUUGAAAAUUAUUUUAUAGUCGGGGGCAAGGUGAUCAGAAGAAACCAGCGCGAAAAGGGAGACACAGAAAUGACAGCCGAGCGGCUGGGUUUUUCACCUUUGCCACUCGUGACGGUACCUCAUCAGGACUGUGAAGGCGACGCCACAUCAAAGAGUUGAAAAUCAAACGACAAAGACAAACAAAAUAUCGAUUAAAAAAGAAAGAGAUCGUCAAAUCAAUCGGCUCGACCUUCUUGCAAAAACAAAAAAAAAGUCCAAAUUUCUUUGUUUUCCGCAAACAGGCCGUCUCAAUCAAUUGAAACUCGGCAACCCAAAAGCGGAACGGGAUCGAGAAUCGUCAAGGUCGGGCAUCAGCCAAUAGUUGUCCUUAUUCAAUUUAAAUCUCUUCCACACACACACACACAAAGGAAUUCAAAAAAUCGUCAUGGAAUUGGAAUCGACCAACGGCACGGAUUUAUCGGCAACCAACGCCACCAAUAUUUACUCGAUCGGCGUCGACUUUAUCACACGAUGGAAACAGAGGCGGAUCAAGGAGCGUCAAUGCAAGGAGGGCGUACUGCUGGCCGAGGAUCAGAGCGAAUGCAACGAGCUGUUUGGCAUCAACGGCACGUCGCAUCAACAACAGGCCGGCAUUGGAAAAGAUCCAGCAGCGGAAGAUGGGCGAGGACGGACGUCCGGCGGACCCGAUUGGAGCGAAACGCUUUACGACCUUUACAACAAGAGCGUAUCGCAAUACAACAGCACAUUCCACGCGGACGGCAAUCUAACGCUGCCCCUUUGCGGCGAUAAUUUCACAGUCUCCGGCAAUCAGCUGGACUGGGGUUCGGGACUGAACGGCACCACCUCUCAAUGGACGACGCCGGAAGGAUGUCGCAACGGUUCAAUCGAUAUAACGAAAGCCGUACCCUCGAUGCCGUUCGAAAUGUGGCAGAGCAUUUGCAUAAUAAUCUGCCUGGUCAUUUGCAUCGUCCUAACGGUGGGCGGAAACAUUCUCGUCCUGUUGGCGUUCAUCGUCGAGCGGACGAUCCGCCAGCCGAGCAACUACUUUAUCGCUUCGCUGGCAGCCACCGACGUCCUUAUCGGCACGGUGUCCAUGCCGUUCUACACUGUUUACGUCAUUAUGGGCUACUGGGACCUGGGACCAAUACUGUGCGAUCUCUGGCUAUCGGUCGACUACACCGUUUGUCUCGUCUCCCAGUACACUGUCCUACUCAUCACCAUCGACCGGUUUUGUUCGGUCAAAAUCGCGGCCCAGUACAGGGCGUGGCGCACCAAGAGCAAACUCUUGUGGAUGGUGGCCAUUACGUGGAUCAUUCCGGCCUUGCUCUUCUUCACUUCCAUCUUCGGAUGGGAGCAUUUCAUCGGAUUCAGAGACCUCGGUCCCCGCGAGUGCACAGUCCAGUUUCUCAAAGAUCCCGUCUUCAACACGGCCCUCAUUAUCGGCUAUUACUGGACGACCCUCGUCGUCCUUUUCAUCCUGUACGGAGGCAUUUACAAAACGGCUUACGACAUGCAGAAGAAAUCGGAAGCCAAGCACAAAAAAAUGCAAUCGAUGGUGGCGCUGUCUGUUGGCGGCAUGGCCGGAAUGGCCGCCGCCACCACUGGCACAGCCAAACCGGCCGGACAAACGGCUGGGGCUAAAUCGGUCACUAUCGCGCCAUCGGCUUCAUCUUCCACCAACAUGACCAAAGUUCCGCCAGCCAAUGCGACAAGUAACGCUAAAUCAACGGUUCCGGUUUCCACUGCUAAUCCACCGACGGUAACCAUCGCAACGUCGAAUAACAAUCCGGCGCUUCCGGCCCAGUCGAGGGCUAACAACGUCCCUACAGGAUCGGCGAUGAACGCAAAAGACGCAAUGAACGGGGCGUCUGCUGGAUCAAACAACAAAAAUCAGCAACGCCAAACGUCUGGAACUAAAACGGAGACGACAAGUUUGACGGCCAAGCAAAUCAAUAAAAUCGGAAAACAAGUGGCGGAGAUGGAACGAUCUUCUUCACCGGCAUUCGAUUCCGACGAGGAACAAUCAUCGCAAGUUCCAGUGGCUAAAAAUCGGCCUUCGCCUACUGUUCCUGUGAUGGCAGCCGGAACGGCGACCAUCGCCUCGACUGUCGCCAUUCCGCGGCUGGAUCCUCCACCGCCAUCCAAUCGCGUCCGAACACCGACGACUGAAGCCCUUCCCCGCAUCCCGGAAGUAUCUCCAUCCAGCGUGGCCAAACCCAUCGAUAAUAAAACGCCGUGUCAAACAGACGCAUCGGCCGUCAGGUGCAGCUCGCCGAUGGAUCUCGCUUUACCACCCCCACCACCGCCCCAACAGUCGCACGAAAACGUCGCGAUUGAAAUGGAAUCGAACGUUGAUUUAUUCCCGCCGAUAGAAACUAUACCGCCACCUAUCGCCGCUGUUGGCCAGUCAGCCGACGCCGUUGAAACGAUGGACACGGCCGAUCUUUGUUACAUGGACGAAAGCUCCGUCGUCGUGGCCUCCCCAAAAAUUGAAUCGAGUCACGAUCACAGUUCGGGACUGACAGUUGCUAACGAAUCGAUUGCUAAUUCAACCGACUCGUUGGGUUUGCCCCUGGCUCAGCCACCGCCGAAAACUGCGCCAGCCCCUAGCGUCACAUUCGCACCGACGCCAGGCUCAAACGGCGCAAACGACGAGAACUCGUUCGGCUCAAGUAGCGGAACAAGCGGCGGUGCGCCGUUGAAAACAAAUGGCAAACCGCCAGCGCAACAACAACAACAACAACAGAAACAACAAUUGUUGGACGGCAUCGUUAAAGAUUCCGUGGCGACAACUACAGAGACCAUGACAUCGACCGUCUCUACGGCGGAUGUCACCACCAAGACCCCAACGGCCACAAAGGCCGAUCUGGUCCGUUCCAUCGGCAAACGAAUUAAAGUACGCCGGAAAAAGGCGGCCGGAGCGGGCGAAGAGCGUCAGAAAUCGAAAUCAGAGAACCGGGCGCGCAAAGCGUUGCGGACAAUUUCUUUUAUUCUGGGAGCGUUCGUCGCCUGUUGGACACCGUACCACAUACUGGCGCUAGUUGAGGGCUUUUGUGCUGAACCUCCGUGCACCAAUAGCCAUCUCUACAUGUUCUCCUACUUCCUGUGCUACGCCAAUAGUCCCAUGAACCCGUUUUGCUACGCACUGGCCAAUCAGCAAUUCAAAAAGACUUUUAUGCGCAUCUUACGCGGCGAUCUUCACAUGACUUAGAAAUUUAAAAAAAAUAAUAAUCUAAUCAUCCCCUGCUAUUUUUUUUUUUACUAUUUAUGACAAAAUUAUACUCCCGCUGCAAGUCGGAAAUUGUUGUAAUGUGUUAAAAUGAUGAUCCUAGUGUUCCCAUCACCUUCGCAAAAAAAACAAAUGAAGGUGUAAACAUGCUUCCAAACUCGACUCUCGCAGUCGAUAUCGUGUGUGUAACUCAGCUAUAAAUCAUACAGUAUAUUCUGCUUUCGAAAAAAAACAAACGAUGGGGCUAUAUACUACAUGUACAUUACGUAUAUACAGGAAUUCGUUAUUUAUAGAAAAAAAAAAAAAGAAAACGUGGAUUUGGAGGGAAUUUUCGUGUCAUAGCGUUUGUAUCAAAAUGUCAAAAGCUGAAAAACCACAACCCCAAAAUCCAACAUCAAAUUUUCAACCCAAUCAACCCCAUUUUUCAUUUCUACGACUUGCCAUGCUAUUUGGAUUGUUAAGUUCAACUACAUUCUCCACUGAAUUCUCCACUGAAUAAAAAAAUUGGCUAAAAUCAAGAUGGACAUCAAGAUGCAAGAAAAUAUCAUUCGCAUACUUUGUAAGACCCCACCUACCCGCUUUCGCAAUUCACCAUGAAAAACGCAAGAAAAAAAGAAAAAAUCCCAAUGAAAUUUUAGUUACCAAAUGUUUCUGUCUUGAAAGUAUACUGUUAUCAAUAUAAUAUCAUACAAUAAUAUUAUUAUGCAGUAUACGAGUAUUACACACAUAUAGCCGAAAUAUUCUUUCGAUGUGAUGGAUGUAUAUAUGCAUAUUCAUGUCCACCCUUUUCCCUCCCCGAACCCCAGUCUCUCGAUAUAUUUCGCGUGAUCCGAUAGUUAGUUGGCUAUAUUAUGAUAGUCGUCGCAUACUCCUUCAUCACCCUGAUCACUACCCUUCUACUUUCCUCAAUCUUUUCCGGUGCAUCCAACCUCGAUCGGAUUUUCAAUUCCUUCCAUAUAUUCGUUCUGUUCCGGAAAUGUUCUCUAUCAUCAUGAACCUCCCACACCAUCCCUUUUGGCUAUAGGCUAUAUAAAAGUGUAAGAUGUACAAUCCCCUCCCAGGAAUUGGGUGUAGAUGGCACCUUUUGUCAUCAUCAUAAUAUCCAUCAUCAAUCACAGGCCCAACUGAAUAAUGUUUGUUUCGUUGUUUCGAUAUAAUAUCUUGGGAAAACGUGUGGAAUUGUCAAAUGAAAUGCAAAUGAGGAAGAAGGAAAAAAUAAGCAAAAAAAAAAAAAAAAAAAAAGAUUUGAAAUUGCAAAA